ACUGGUCCGCAACUCACCUGCCUGCCGCUGUCACUCACUAUUCUCGCCUGUUUGUCAGCAUUCGAAAAAUCCGGUUUAAAUGUUGUUUGUUCGGAAGUGAAAAAGCCAAUCCAAGCAAUCCAGGGCGCUGCUGAUGGAUAAAACCAAAUCGUCGCCGCUGGUCAAAGCCAAUCAGCACCCGAAGCCGGUCAGCGUCUUCUACGUUUGGUACACUGAGCUGUGUCGUCGGCUCAACAUCAAUCCGGCACCAGCCGUGAAGCCGGCCAAGCCCAAGUGCCAGACGGUGUUGGAUUUUGUGGCCGAUCGGCUGAAGAUCGAAGAAUGGACGCCCGUGUUGAACGCCUUGCGCCAAGACACCAGUCUUCACGUGGUGGCGGUUCGGAGCAGGAUCGGAAACUGCCAGUUUCUCCACGACGUGGACACGGAGGAAAAGGCCCGGAGCGCCAAGCGGAAGUACGGAACCAUUUGGACGGCGUACGUUCUGAAGCAGCUGCUCAGAUCCAUCUCAAUCUCUCUCAGAAGCACUCAGGUGCUGACCUAUCUAGAGCUGGAUGGUCUUCCCCUGUUCUUGCAGUACCUGGAACCGCUCCUGCAGGCCCUGAAGCGCAACCAGACCUUAAAAACCUUGUCGUUUUCCAACUGCUCCAUCCAGGACGCAGGCUGCCAGCUCGUCUGCUCCUACCUGCGUUUCACGCCCAACAUCGAAGUGCUCAACCUGUCUGGGUGCCAUUUGAGCCCAGUAAGCGGCGAGCAUCUGGCGAAGCUCAUCAAGUACCAGCAGAUCAACAGGUACUGCGAAAGUUGGCACAGCUCAUUGCGCUACGAGAAUCCAGAUGCUGGCAAAAUGCGCGGCAUCAAGCGAAUCUCCAUCAACUGCAACCCGUACUUUGGCGAUGCCGGCUUGAACUUCGUCUUGGACGAGCUGGAGGAUGACCUGUGGAUCAAGGCUCUGGACAUGCAGAAGUGCGGGUUGACUGAAAAUGUGGCCGCACGCGUUCUGGACAUUGUCCAGUACAAUAAAACGCUGGAAAUUGUCGAUCUGCGCCAAAACGAGCUUCUCGGCAUGGCCACCGUGGAAAAGGUCCUUCAGCUGCUGAAGCAGCGCCAGCAGUUUGGGAUGCAGACGGAGUUUCAAUGGUGCGCCACUGCGGUCUCCCUCACCUGGUCCUCCGUUCACUCUGCGACCUCAUUUGGCACCUCCGCCCGCAACGUGCACAAGACCAAGUCAGCGCCCAUGAGAUCCUCGCCCUCCAAAGUCAGCACAGUCACUUGGGAUCCGAGUGUGCGCAAAACGAAAACAGUGGAUGCCAUCCAGAAAAACCCGUCCAACUUCCUCAGCUUGAACGACACGAAGAAGCAGGUGCUGGCGCUGAACGAGAAGCUGCAGAAGGAGAUCCAGAAGCGCAAGGAGAUGGAGAAGCGGAACGAGGAGCUGCAGAACCAGUUGAACCAAAUGAAAACCAACAAUGUGGUCAAGGUGGUUAAGACUCGGGUGCCGCUGAACGGGGUGCAUCAGAAGCCCCUAGCUGUGCGAAGAAAGGAGGCAAAGAAGCCGGAUCACGCGCAGACCAAUCAACCGAAAGUGGUAAAGAACGGCUACCAUUUGAACGGGGUGAAGAACAACGGCAAAACUGUCUACGACAUGCUGGAGAAGCUGCUCAGCGCUGGACAGCCUCUGGAAGAAGACGUGGAGGACCAACUGCUCAGCUACUUUGCCGCUGAUCAGAAACCUUCCAAGCCGAAAGCUUCUCCACCAGACUCGUUGUCCAACAGCCAUGUGUCGCUCUACAAGUACAUGGAGGAGCUGAAGACGCAGAAGACGUAGCGAUUUGGCCAUGGGCAGUAACGGUUAAGAACUUAAAAUGGUUUUGCUUCAUUUACCCAAUGAACUUACGGUAGGAUCGAUGUAGAUUAAAGAGAAUCUCUCUA